AUGCUCGUGAUGAUCGACAUCACUACCACUGUCAUCAGGAACGCGCAAAAAAUAAACCAUAUGCAUUUCAACUGCUUCCCAAAUUCUGGCAUAUUUCGAAACUUUCAAAUCAGUGGAUCCAAUUUCAGGUGGAUAAGCGAAAGCCGUCCUUCGUACGAUUCGGGAAGCGUGCCGAUGCCAUGUCAAAGGAGAAACGAAAGCCGAGCUUUGUGCGAUUCGGACGAAAAUGAAGUCACACCACAACAGUAUCACUGA